UACGCCGCGACACUGAUCAUCACACGUCUCCUAACAAUGAUACUGACAUAUAUAUACUGUUCCUCGUAUAUAUACCCCGCUGCACACAAGACUAUGUCUAGCGGGAAAUGAUCUCGCGGUCAAGUCGUACACAAUUCCUGUUGGCUGGCGUAUGAUAUUAGCUUCAUGACAAAAGUUUUUUUCCGGUUGCAUGUGCAGUAAUUAUAUACAAUUCCCGUAUACGACGCGCGACGAGACUGUUGAACUCAGCCGGCGAGCACACCAUUAGUAACGCACGACCGAGAUUGGUGGAAAGGUCGUUUAAUCAGUCAAAUGGGUCGAUGGUACGUCUUAAUCCCCGUAUUCCCGACCGGCGUAUUCAAGAUUGGAGUCAGCAUGUUUAAGCCGGCCGUUCACCGGUGAUUUCCUUGUGAUGUUGUUUUAAUGCGUUUUCUGAUAACUGUUUUUAGCACAAUUCCGCAUACCGCCAUUUAAUUUGGAUCUUUAACCUGCUGUCCUUUUGCUCAACGUUUCUAGUUUUUAAAUGCAUUAAUACUUUUUCGGAUGCGGGGAAAUGGAUUUGAAUUACACGGAAAUCAAGGAGAACGAAGCGGAAGCGUAUUCCCGGCAUGUGCAUAUCGCUAUACUAUUCACCUUAUCCGGGUUGGCCAUUGUCGGCAACUGUGUCGUCCUGGCCAUCCUCACCCGCAAUCGCUCCCGGCAAAAACAAUUAACACCUAUUGAUUAUCUGUUAUUGCACUUAGCCGCCGCGGAUGUGCUGGUGGCGGUGUUCUGCCUGUUCACCGAUGGCAUGUGGAAGGUGACCUAUUCCUGGCUGGGUGGGGAUUUCCUCUGCAAGGUGGUCAAAUUUAUGCAGAUGCUUGCGUUGUAUGCCAGUACGUUUGUGACCGCGGCGAUUGCGGUGGAUCGGUGUAUGGCUAUAAGGUUCCCGCUCAAGAGGGUGGAUCAUAAAAAACUAAUUAAGCGCGUAAUGUCCAGUUGUUGGCUGGCGGCUACGAUCUGCAGUUUACCGCAGUUGCUGAUUUUCCGUGUACUCCGGGCCCCGGGAUUAUCGGAAGAAGAUCGGUUCGAGCAGUGCGUGACAUUUGGCGCGUACACAACAUACUGGCAGGAGCCGGCAUACAUCUUGUUCACCUUUUCCGCCAUGUUUGCUGUACCCUUGAUGGUCAUUUUUAUUAGCUAUUUCCUUAUCGUACUCAAGCUAAAAUUUGCAUCGACGAGCACGGGACCAAAUGCUGGACUGACGCAGCCAAUCAUGCAAUCCAAUCGCAUGUCUUCAACGAAAUCUACGCACACCAAUGCCAGCUUAUCCAACUCCAAACGUCAGGCCUUAAUGCGGAAGGCUACGAUGAAGUCCUUAUGGGUGUCGAUACUGGUCAUCCUCACAUUCUUAAUUUGUUGGCUUCCUUACUACAUUUCUUUACUGUACUACAUUGUUGUGGAGUUUUGGUUAAAGGAAUCCAGCAACGAAGCGCUGGAUAUGUUCCAGUACAUCUUCUGCUUCGGUAUGACCAGUUCCGUGCUGAACCCUGUCAUCUAUGGAGCCUUCCACAUGUCACAAGGGAUACGACGCCAGAACGCCAGAUUAUCUCGCGGGACUCACAAUCGGCGGAUGCAUCGGCAUUGUGCCGAAGACGGGGACAUUUUGUAUCGGAAAACUUUAAUUAAGAAGGCUAGUAACGAUGUUGAUGAUACCGUCGUGUAUACGUCUGUCUAUCAGAAUGGUUUAUACUAGAGUAUUAAUGGCACAUUUCAAUUGCACAAUUCAU